CUCCCCCACAUCUUCACAUCCACAGAAAUCGCACUAUUUUUUUAGAUUCUCUUAUUCACCUGGCUAUGAGCGACAGCAGUAUUCAACUCCCGCCAUCGGACAUCGGACAGCACAAGGUACGGGUCUGUAUCGACCGCGGUGGCACAUUCACCGACUGUGUCGGAGUGUUCCCAGUGCAGGCAUCGGAGAAGCACCCGACUGGCGAGCGCACAGUGGACCCGGCGCACUACCCGGAUGCACCGCGCGAGGGAAUCCGGCGCAUCCUGGAGCUGGCUACCGGGCAGCCGCAUCCGCGCAGCACGCCGCUGGACACCAGCAAUCUGGAGUCAAUCCGCAUGGGCACAACUGUGGCAACCAACGCGCUGCUGGAGCGCAAGGGCGAGCCGUGCGCGCUUGUCAUCACCAAGGGAUUCCACGACCUGCUGAAGAUCGGGAACCAGGCGAGGCCGCGCAUCUUCGACCUGUCGAUUACCAAGCCCGAUGUGCUGUACCAGGAUGUGGUGGAGGUGGACGAGCGGGUGACUCUUGUCGGGUAUACAAUGGACCCGCGCGGAGUGCACGCCAACGUCGACCUCACCAACGCCAUCGAGGGUAAAUCGGGCGAGUUUGUGGAGGUACUGACGCAGCCCGAUUGGGACGCUGUCCGGCAGCAGCUGCAGCAGGUGUAUGACAGUGGGAUCCGCAGCGUGGCCCAGGUGGGCCGGAUCGCAAAGGAGCUCGGGUUCACCCACAUCACCCUGUCGUCGUCGCUGGUGCCCAUGAUCAAGAUCGUGCCGCGCGCACAUUCAGCUACUGCCGACGCGUACCUGACGCCUGGAAUCAGACGGUACGUUGAUGGGUUUGCGGGCGGGUUUGAUGCAGGGUUCUCGCAGAUUCGUGUGGACUUUAUGCAGUCGGACGGCGGCCUUGCGCCGGUCGACCAGUUUUCGGGGCUCCAGGCCAUCCUGUCUGGGCCAGCAGCAGGUGUCGUUGGGUACGCAGUUACCUCGUUCAACAAGCAGGCCAAGGUGCCGGUGAUCGGAUUCGACAUGGGCGGGACCAGCACCGAUGUGAGCAGGUUCGACGGGCGGUUCGAGCACGUCUUUGAGACGACCACGGCAGGCGUUACCAUCCAGGCGCCGCAGCUGGACAUCAACACGGUGGCAGCGGGAGGAGGCUCUCGUCUGUUUUUCCGCAACGGGCUGAUGAUGGUAGGGCCGGAGAGUGCCGGUGCCCACCCUGGGCCAGCCUGCUACCGCAAGGGCGGGCCGCUGGCGGUCACCGACGCCAAUCUGCUGCUUGGUCGGCUGCGGGCCGAGCACUUCCCCAGCAUUUUCGGCGAGACCGAGGACCAGCCGCUGGAUAUCGAGGCGACCCGCAGGCUGUUUGCUGAGCUGGCAACGACCAUCAACGAGGAGAUGCGUCGCGAGCGGCUGGCGGUGGGCCAAGACUACGAGGACAAGUCGCUGGAGGAAAUCGCGGCUGGGUUCCUGAAGGUCGCCAAUGAGACAAUGUGCAGGCCGAUCCGCGCCCUGACCGAGGCCAAGGGCCACGAUGUGCAGAAGCACGUGCUGGCGUGCUUUGGCGGUGCCGGCGGCCAGCACGCAUGCGCUGUCGCUGCCAACCUUGGCAUCCGCCGGGUAUUUGUCCACCGGCUAGCGUCGGUUCUGUCAGGCGUACGGGCUGGGUCUAGGCUGAGGUUGUCGAAUGAAGAGCAGGCGCCGGCCGCCGACGUGUGGGGCGAUAGCGCCAGGCCGGCGGUGCUACGCAGACUCGAUGAGCUGACGGCUGCAUGCCAGACGAAGCUGUCGGAUCAGGGCUUUGCCGGAAAGCAGAUCAAGAUCGACCGGUUCCUCAACAUGCGCUACGAAGGCACCGACACGGCGCUGAUGGUCCCUGAGCCCGAGGAUGGCGACUUUCGUGAAUUCGGGUUCAUCCUGCGUUCGCGCAGCAUCAUCGUGGAUGAUCUGCGUGUGCGCGGUAUGGGGAGGCUGUCUGAAACCAAGUUCGGCCAAGUAUACGACGAACUGCGCGACCUGCCGCUGACAGCUGUUGAGCGGUCGACGAGCCACAAGGCGUUUGUUGAGGAGGUGCCUGUGUACUUUGACGGCGGGUUCCAGCAGACGGCCAUCUUCCGGCUCGACAGCCUGGUGCCCGGCGAGGUUGUCGAUGGCCCGGCGAUCGUGCUUGACCGCAACAGCACAGUUCUGGUCGAACCCGAGUGGUCGGCGACCGUGACAUCGGCGCAGCUGGUUCUGGAGCGCCAAGGCGACAAUGCCCAGCAUGCCCAGGUGUCGACUGAUCUGGACCCGAUCCAGCUGUCGGUGUUUGCGCACCGCUUCAUGAGCAUUGCCGAGCAGAUGGGCCGCACACUCGAAAAGACCAGCGUCAGCACCAACAUCAAGGAGCGGCUGGAUUUCUCGUGCGCGCUGUUUGACCAGCAAGGCAGCCUGGUGGCCAAUGCGCCGCACAUCCCUGUGCAUCUGGGCUCAAUGUCGCAUGCGGUGCAGUUCCAGCUCAAGCGCUUUGCAGGAGAUCUCUCCGAAGGCGACGUGAUCAUGGCCAACCAUCCGCAGGCCGGCGGGUCUCACCUGCCGGACAUCACCCUGAUUACGCCUGUGUUCAAGGACGGAGAGAUUAUAUUCUUCGUGGCCUCCCGCGGCCACCAUGCCGACAUUGGCGGGAUCUCGCCGGGAAGCAUGCCGCCGACCUCCAAGGAGCUGUUCCAGGAAGGCGCCAGCAUCAUGGGCAUGAAGAUUGUCAAGGGGGGCGAGUUCCAGGAGGCCGAGGUGGUCCGUGUUUUGCUCGAGGAACCAGCCAAGCACCCUGGAUGCAGCGGCACGCGCAACCUGAAGGACGUGGUGUCGGACCUCAAGGCGCAGAUUGCCGCCAACCACCGCGGAAUCACCCUGGUGCACCAUCUGUGUGCCGAGUACGGACUGCAGGUCGUGCAGGCGUAUAUGGCCCACAUCCAGCGCACUGCUGAGCUGGCGGUCCGCUCCCUUCUGCGCGAGACCCGCGCCUCCCGGGGAUCCGGAAAGCUGUCUGGCAGCGACUUCAUGGACGAUGGCAGCCAGAUUGUGCUCAAUGUCGAGAUCUCCGAGGACGGCAGCGCGGUGUUUGACUUUACUGGGACGUCGCCGGAAGUCUACGGCAACACAAAUGCUCCACCGUCAGUCACCUACAGCGCCAUCAUCUACUGCCUGCGCUGCAUGGUGCAGAGCGAGCUGCCGCUCAACCAGGGGUGCCUGGCGCCCGUCACGGUCAUUAUUCCCGAUGGCUCGCUGCUGUCGCCAUCCGAGACUGCGGCUGUUGUCGGCGGCAAUGUGCUGACGUCGCAGCGUCUGUGCGAUGUCAUUCUGUCGGCGUUCGGUGCUGCCGCGGCCUCUCAGGGCUGCAUGAACAAUCUGACAUUCGGCGUGCCUGUCGUUGAGGAAAACGGCCAGCGCCUGGAAGGCUGGGGGUACUACGAGACCAUCGCCGGCGGUCAUGGCGCCGGUCCCUCAUGGAGCGGACAGAGCGGCGUACACACCCACAUGACCAAUACACGGAUCACCGACCCCGAGAUCCUCGAGCGCCGGUACCCAGUCAUCCUGCACCAGUUCUCGCUGCGGGCCGGCACAGGCGGCCAGGGGAAGCACCCGGGCGGCGAUGGAUGUGUGCGCGAUCUCGAGUUCCUGGAGCCCAUGAGCGUGUCUCUGCUGACUGAGCGCCGCGUGUUUGCGCCGCCGGGCCUCAAUGGCGGCGGUAAUGGCGUCCGCGGCAUGAAUCUGUGGAAGCGCAAGGGAGAGAGCGGCCUGAAGGAGCUGAACAUGGGCGGAAAGAACACUGUGUUUGUCAAGCCGGGAGACCAUAUUGUCGUGCUCUCCCCUGGCGGUGGUGGCUACGGGGGCAUCUGAUGCUCAGUACUAGCGCUUUGAAUGCCUUUCGAAUACAUAAUUAAUGCAAUACGACUACUCGUC